UGCCUUCCGGGCUUUGUGCGUUUGCGCGCGCGCAGUGGCGCCAAACGCUCGCCGGUAGGAGGCGCGGGGCCGUGGGCGUGAGUGAGACGUCACAGUGCGCGCCGUUCCGGGUUGCCGGGCAGCGAUGGCGGCUAAUACAGAGUCCUGGGAGGAGGACACGCUGCGGAGCUUUGUGCGGACUUUGGAGAAGCGGGAUGGCACGGUGUUGCGACUGCAGCAGUACGGUUCUGGCGGCGUGGGCUGCGUGGUUUGGGACGCUGCCAUUGUCCUUUCUAAAUACUUAGAAACGCCCGGGUUUUCUGGCGACGGGGACCACGCCCUGAGCCAGCGGUCGGUGCUGGAACUGGGCUCCGGCACCGGGGCCGUGGGGCUUAUGGCCGCUACUCUCGGGGCGGAUGUUGUGGUCACCGACCUUGAGGAAUUGCAAGACUUGCUGAAAAUCAAUAUUAAUAUGAACAAGCAACUUGUCACUGGUUCUGUUCAAGCCAAGGUACUGAAAUGGGGGGGAGAAACAGAAGACUUCCCUUCUCCACCGGACUACAUACUGAUGGCCGACUGCAUAUACUAUGAGGAGUCUUUGGAGCCAUUGCUGAAAACCCUAAAAGAUCUCAGUGGAUCUGAAACUUGUAUUAUAUGUUGUUAUGAACAACGAACAAUGGGAAAAAAUCCAGAAAUUGAGAAAAAGUAUUUUGAGCUCCUUCAACUGGACUUUGACUUUGAAAAAAUUCCUUUGGAAAAACAUGAUGAAGAAUAUCGAAGUGAAGAUAUUCAUAUUUUAUACAUCAGGAAAAAGAAAUCGUUUCUCCUUUUCUCUUUUAGAAAUUUCCAUCAUGAAGCCUUUAGCCGUCUUAUCCAAGCCUUGUAACAACCUGGAUAACUUAAGGUGUGAGUGAAGCAUGUGAAUACAGCAUGAGAAGAUUGUGUUCACAGAUUUCUCCAGCAUGACCGUAAAGAGCGAAUGCAUAGAUGGCUAUCACCAUGAACUGCCUGCAGUAAGAAAAAUAACUGACUACCUGCCUGCCAGUGGGCCUGAAAUCCAACAUGGGUUACUUAGCUCAGCAUAAAGUUCUGCUUUGAAGAAACAUUGUGAAUCAUUUGCUCCUCAAAUAAAGAUUGUUACUGAGAUUAGCCUAAAGUCUGCCAAAAGUGAACAGUGAAGCAGCAUGGUUGACUUUGCAUAUUUUCAGGAAACUUGAGAUAAAUUAAUCAAAUUUCUUAAUAGAAAUUUAUUGCUAUAUUAUGAUGUUUUAAAUGCAAACCAGUAAAUUUUAGUUUGUAUUCAUGAUAAAUUUUAAAAAGGUUUUGAUUUUAUAUAUAAUUAUGCAGGUUUUAUCAUGUGUCUUUCACUUCAUUGCUUCUAAGAUACUUUAAUACUUAAAAAGCCGAGAAUAUUGUCCUGUAUACCUAUAUUAGCCAAAGUAUUUCUUAUUUUCUUCUAUCAUACAUUUCUAUGUGAUUUAAAUAGUAAAUUAUACUGUGGUGAGUUAUUGAGAAGAAAAUAAGACAAAUCUGGAGAUUUGUGGGGAGGGGAUGUAUUUAUAUAAAUUUUUUCAUUUGAAAAUGGUGUAAGAAUAGAAAGCCCAGUUUUAGGCUCAUACACUUUUCCUACAUGUAUAUCUUCCAGGAAAAUCUGGCUAAAAACACUGGUAUUAAGCUAACUUGUUUAUAUGAAAUAUCAAAGGUUUUAAAUAACUACAAAUGUAGUUCUGAAGAAAUAUACCAAGUGAUUUUGACUCUGUGUGGUCUGUAUGUUAUCACGGUAGUCAGUUAUCUCCUCACAUAGACUAAUCUGUCAAGGACUUCAGUCGCCCCCUUUCCAGAGAGUAAUAGUAACCUGAUGAAAUUCUGUUACUUACAAGCAUUGGUGCUAGAUGUUAUAUGUGUUAAAAUAAACAUUGUUUUUGAGACCUGUGAUUUUGUGAAUGUUUAGAAAUAGCUUUGAAGAAAAUGAAAAUCUAAAGCAGGUGACUGUGUUCAAGAAAGAGCAAAAGUAGCCCUCUUUAGAGAAAUUAAGGAUCAAACAGUUCUUUGCUUCAUGCUUGCUUCAAUAUUAAAAGUUCUUUGCUUAGCGUCAUAAUACUUUGUUUCAAAAUAUUUUGUUCAUUCUUCCCUUAGCAUUUCAUUAAGUAGCUUACCAAGCAGUUGUGUUGUUAGGUGCCAUGGAGUUAGUGUAACCUGAGUAUCCGAUACUUUACUAGAUACCGAUACCACUAACUAUUUAUCUGUGAAAUCUUAGGCUACAUGACCACUUUCUAGUUUUUCCCAUGGCAUUAUGGAACUUGUAAGUUUGACAUUAGCUAUAGUAGUCCACCCAGAUUCCUUGUAUCCCUUUUCACCAUUUUUUAUGCCCUCUCUUACAGUGUACUUCUAAUACCUGUGGGUCUUUGGCCUGAAGUGCCCUUUGACAUAACUAUAUGAAAGCCUAGCUCCUUUACCUCAGACUGGUGCAACUGACAGUCCAAAAUUUCCCAGAGGAAUCAGGCUGAAGUCACCUCUGUGAAACUUUGUUGGAGAUUACACCCUUGCUUGACUUUCUUCCCUUCCCUGUCCUGCUGUUCCUGCUCCUUUACUGGUCUCUGGCAUCAUCUUAGUGCAUACACUCAUCUCAGUUUGCAUACGCUCAACUCAAGUUUCAUUUGGGGAACUGACCUAGGAUUUUGUACGUAAGUAUACAGUAGUUUUAUCAUAUGGAAGGAAAACCAAAAGUGAAAUAGCUUGCCUAAGCUUAACAGUAGUGUAGUAUAUAUAGCCAACGACAGGUUCAGUCUUGUCAUGUAAAUGCUACUAUAGUGGUAGGAAGGAACACUGGUUAGAAAAACGAAAAAGUUUCAAGUACCUCAGAUGUAACAAUGUCAAGUGUGAUUUUUUACUGUCUAAACUGAAUAGCCAAAGCUGAGGUCAAAAGGUAUGAUGUCUCCCACAUUCUAAGAUCAGAGAACCACCCUGGUAGUUAGGAUCAGCAAGCACUGCAGACCUUACUGAGGGUGCCAGUUCAGGGAACAUGCCUGGGAGAAGUCCCGUUUUGGAGGAGUGUGGUGUUGGGGAAUGAGGGCCAGUCCUUCCGGCUCUCCCUAUGGAGGAGGGAAUGGUGCAUGCCACUCAAGCCACAGGAGGGAAGCCUGAGGGAAUGUGUCAAGAUUCAGGACACUGCAAGAAAGGGUGACCAGUAUUUUUCCCCUGGUCUCAUGUUUACCCAGCAGAUAAGCUUAUCCAUUGUUUUACUACCACAGCAUGGGAAUGCAGUUGGCGCUAUAGUGUGGGGGGUUGUCAGGCAGAAAGACUGAAGAUGCAUCCUGCCAGUAUGAGAAUUGAAAUCAUGACUUGGGGGCUAAGGGACUUAUACAGCAACAUGGUGAGGAGGGUAGAAGGCAGGUACAGCAGAUGAGUGAAGUGUGAUGGGGUUCAGCCAGAAUAUAGCCAACUCUCAAAUCUCAGAACUGCCAGAGCCUGGGGAAACUGCUCAGGAAUGAGCCCCUGGUCUGCUAGGCGAGUGGGAGUGAACACUGUGCACGAUGAAACCCAUAGAUCAGAACAGUUACAGCCAAGUAGGGAAAGGAUUGCAACCCUACAGUAAGGCCGUAUUUCUCAAAGUAGCUGCAGGUGGGGUUGCCUGGGAAAUUAAGUCAGAGGUAUGGUAUUUUUAUUACAGGGCCCCAGAUGAUUUAAAAUUUUUUUUUUAUUGUGAAAUAUAUAACAGUUGCCAUUUCAACCAUCUUUAUGUGUAUAAUCCAGUGACAUUAAAGUUCACCAUGUUGUGCAACUGUCACCACUAUCUAUUUCCAAUUUUUUUCAUCACUCAAGAAACU